CAUUGUUAGAAGUUACAGUAAACAGUUAUCCGCCAGCCCGCCCUCAGAAUAACCAUCUCGAUAUCACGUCAGAGUCGGCCAUCGGACGUUAUUACUUUCGUGGGCACAUUGGGAAUCAAUAUGUAUACCGGAAGUUAACAAAUCGAUUUUAAUAACUUUUUCGAAUUGGUAUACAAUGGCUCGUAAGUUUUUAAAAGAUGCUGUGGCUGGUACGAAUUUGUCAGAGAUUUUUACGCCGUUUAACAUGGGUCUCCUUCUGCUGUUAGUUGGUUCCCUGGUGUAUCUAGUCAUAUCGAGGCGACACCUACCGCCAGGACCUUUCCCGAUACCGUUAUUCGGAAACCUGCAUAUGGUCGGCAAUGGAAAUUUUCUUUACCGGAAGUUGUUCCUUCUCCGUAAAAAGUACGGCAAUGUUUUUCGUAUGACGUUCGGAAGCACCAAUGCCGUUAUUGUUUCGGGACACGACUUGAUCCGAGAGGCCCUUGUGCUGAAAGGAGAUAAAUUUCAAUCCCGACCUAACUGGCUGCUUGGGAUACGGAAAUGUUCCAGUCAUAAAGGGUUGCUAUGGAGUGAUGGUGACCAUUGGACCAGAGUUCAUGACCUUGUCGACACGUCAGUGAGACACCCUUGGCUUGGCGGAGGCGGCUUCGAGGAAAGCAUUCAUGACGAGGCGAUUUCCCUUGCCAAUGAAAUAUAUGCGGAGAAAUGUACUCCACUCAACCCUAGGGCGAUCCUUACUAAAUCCGUCCUCAAUGUCUUAUGCGGGUUUCUGUUGGGUCAGAGAUAUGACACCGACAGGGAAGAAGGAAGAGGAUUACUUAAUGCCUUGAAACCCGUGUGCAACAUCUCGCCAAUAAAGUUCCCCCACAAUUAUCUCCCCUUUGCCAGCCUGUUUACGUCGUCAUCCAAGCUGCAUUCUAUGACGUCAUCCAGUAACCAGCUGAAGGCGUUCCUAACCAAGGCGUUGGUCAAAGAGAAGGACACUUUCAUGGCUACCGACCUUCGCCACUUUGUCGAUUUCUGGCUGAAGUCCAACGUUGAUCGAAAAGGCGACCCAGUCCUCCCCGACGAUAUCCUGAUACAGACACUGGUAGACGUUAUGGUGGGAGGACUUGAGCCGACGGUCAACACUCUCCUUUGGGCACUCCUGUAUAUGGUGCGCUAUCCAGAAGUACAGACGAUGUGCAGACAUGAUAUUCAUAAGGUUUCUAAAACCCGAGACCUGACUUGGCAGGAUCGUGAUCAGGUUCCAUUUGUUAUGGCAACGCUUCGGGAGGUCCAGCGCAUCAGCAACGUCUUUCCCCUUGGCGUGCCCCAUACCACAACCGAUGACGUAGAGUUAGGAGGGUACAAGAUACCGAGUGGGUACAUGGUUCUCUUUCACCUAUAUUCCUCACACAUGGACACAUCUUACUGGAAGCGUCCGACGGAGUUCCGACCGGAACACUUUUUGGAUUCCAGCUGUCAGCUCACAACCAACGACACCUUUUUUCCUUAUGGCCUUGGACCCAGAUGCUGCCCUUUCGCUGCACAGGCUGAUAAGACCGUGUACGUAUUUUUUACCAGUAUACUGAGGAAAUUCAAACUGAACCCGGAAGUGAACAGAGUACCAUCGACGGAAGCGGAAGACGGAGCGUACCGCUGCCCAAUGCCGUUCACUUUGGUCUCUGUUCCUAUCGAUUUACAGUCACGAUAACUUACUAGUUACAAACACUGAUAUAUUGAGGUGUGUCUAUUUCAUGAAUCGCACAACUAGAUUAUUUACUUAUUACUUAGGUUUUGAGCUAAUAGCUUUAACACUUGGACUCAACGCUAGUGACACAUAUUAAGAUUCAUUGAUACAUACCUGUGCAGGUUCAAUGGCAUAUAAGUGCAUUUCAUACUUCUGCCAAACCGGUGAAGUGCGACUGUAACACCCACUGAAUUUUGACUCCAUAUAAUCCGCCAUCAUAUGUUAAAAUCUUCUAAUACCACACAUUUUUCCAAAGUUUAAUAUCUGUUGUUAAACAAUCUGUCAACAAUUACGCAUUAAAGUUACUGAGAGUCACUAUUUUACCGGAACAAAAUUUAGGUAGGGAAUACAAUCCUUUUUAUUCAUAUCCGAAAGUUUAAUCGAAAGAGAUAUUUUUUGUAAGGAAUGCCAAUAAAAAAUCACUUUUGGAAGCUUUUGUACAAUAUAAAUACAUGUAUACACUGUACAUGAAAAUGAAUUAUUUACUGUUCUUUUUGCUAGUAUUAUUUUUUCGUUGAACUAUCAUUGUUUACGUUUCGUAGAACAUUGAAGGGAAAUGAGAAACUGUGUACGAUUCGAAGAUAAAGAAGACAUUUAAGAAAUAUAUUAUUCCAUUGUGUUUUAGUGAAGUUUUUGGUAUGUUAUAAAGAAUGAUGCCUAUGAUGUAAAAAUAUGAUUUGGUAAUUUUUUUACUAUCAGUGCGUGCGCACAUAAACGAAAACUCUUUUCUAGUUAAAGUGUAAGAUGUAUCUUAACUAACGUGUAGUAUAGUGCUUGUGAUACGGAUGUAUCUGGUAAGGAGCUAUGUAGAAUGUAGUAUUUUGUAUUGCUGUGUUUCCGUAUCAAUAAAAAUUUCGCUAUAGCAUAGCUA